AUGGCCCAUACCGAUGACUACUUUGGCCCGAAUCUACCAGGUGUCUUUGACUUUACCAUUCUUUUCGAGCAAAGCAUUCUUUCAUUACUACCAUCAUGUAUCUUCAUGACUCUUGCGCUGUUACGACUUUCGGUCCUCAUACGUUGUAAUACAAUCAUUUGCUCACGCAAGUUGUUCUGGGCAAAACAGGCCACUGUCGCUGUCUACUUCUGUCUUCAAAUUACCCUCGCCGUGCUAUGGUCGUUACCUGGUACCUCCCGGACAAAGACAUCCAUCGCAGAAGCAAUAAUCGGCGUCCUGGAAGCAGGUGUUAUUUCUGCAUUAUCAUGGCUCGAGCAUUCCAAGGCCGUCAGGCCGUCGGUUCUCCUGAAUCUGUACCUUCUUCUCUCGACCGUUCUCGACAUUGCGGCCGCAAGGACGUACUUGAUCCGGGCUGGUCUUAAAGCCAUCGGCGGAGUGUUUGCGGCGUCAUUGACGGCGAAGGCCACUUUGUUGGUCCUUGAAGAGUUCCCCAAGGAAAUGGUAUUCGAGAAUAAAGCUGCCGCCAAUGAAACCGCCGCCGGCAUCAUUAGCCGAGGCAUUUUUUGGUGGUUGAACUCUCUGCUUCUCGUUGGAGCAAAGACAGUCCUUGCUAUCGAUGACAUUGGAGUCAUUGAAGACAAGUUUGACUCCUUCAGACUCCUGGAUCAACUUGAAAAAGUUUGGGAUAAAGACUCGAAAACUGGUAGCUGGGCUCUCAUGAAAUGCACCUUUCUCGCAUUCAAAUGGCAGUUCUUGGCCGGCAUCAUCCCCCGCCUCCUCUUCACGGGCUUCACAUUCGCGCAGCCCUUUCUCAUCAACUCUGUCGUCAACUUGAUCGGCGAACCCGAGCAGGAUCAGACCGUCAAUACGGUUGCGAGCCUUAUUGGUGCCACUAUCCUCGUGUAUACUGGCAUUGCUGUGUGCAACGCCAUGUAUUGCCACAUGACGUAUCAGCUGCUGACAAUGUACCGAGGCGGCCUUGCUUCGUUGGUGUUCAAAAAGACGCUCAGACUGCAAGCCUCUUCUAUCGAAGACGCCGCACCGGUGACCUUGAUGAGCACGGAUAUCGAGUCUAUUGUCAUGUCUGGCGAUGCCAUCCACGAUAUUUGGGCGAGUUUCAUUGAGAUCCCGGUGGCGAUAUACCUGCUAUAUAGAAACGUUGGAAUUCCCAGCCUCUUUAUUCUUAUUCCUGCCUUUUUUACCUCUGCCGCUGGAGCAUUGAUUUCCCCAGCUAUGGGCCCGGCCCGGGUGAAAUGGAACAAGGCCAUCCAGGAGCGCGUCGGCUCCGUCUCGACAAUGCUGAGCCAAAUCAAGGGUGUCAAGAUGAUGGGCCUCACAAACUUUUUCCACGACUCGUUGCAAGCUCUACGAAUCCACGAACUAAAGCUGUCAAUCAGAUUUCGAUGGAUCAUGGUUCAGCUCAAUUCCCUUGCCAUGGCAUCAGAAGACCUGACACCGGUCAUCAUCAUUGUCGUCGCCAUUUUCUGGACCAAAGCGGACCGAGGACUGCAAGUCGCCGAAGCAUUCACCUCCCUCUCCAUCAUCAACAUUGCGGCGACACCACUCCUUAACAUUCUGGUUUCAAUCGUACAGCUCUUUGGCGCCAUUGGCUGCUUCUCUCGGCUCCAGGCGUUCCUCGUCAUGGAUGAAAGGAAAGACGUGCGGGAAAUGGCUUCCUCGGCUGUUUCUUCCAUACUCCCUACUGCACUGUCUCAGAUAGACGAGGCAUCCGAAGGCGUGGCGGAUUCAUCGUCAAAUGUCGAGCUGGAAACAUUCAAAACGGACAGCUGCCCUGCUUCAAAUCCUUCACUGCCAGCGGUGGCCAUUGAAAGCGCGACUUUUACAGUCGGCGAGAACAUUGAGGCCCUCACAGACAUCAGCAUGGUAUUCCCACAAGGAACAAUGACCAUGAUUGUCGGCCGCGUAGGAUGCGGCAAGUCGUCACUGCUCAAAGCCAUCGCCGGUGAAGCGAACAUGUCAAAGGGCCGAAUCAUCGUCAACGUGUCUUCCAUGGCGUACUGCGACCAAACACCAUGGUUGCAAAACUGCUCUAUUCGGGACAAUAUCGUGGCGCAGUCUCCCCUCGACGAGAAGUGGUUGUAUGCCGUCAUCGAAGCCUGUGCGUUGGACGAGGAUAUUUCUAUGUUUUCCAUGCGAGAUUUCACCAUUGUCGGCUCUGGAGGCGUAGCGCUGAGCGGCGGCCAGAAGCAACGCGUUGCCCUUGCUCGCGCCGUAUAUUCCCGACGUAAUCUCAUCCUUAUGGACGACGUCUUCAGCGGCCUGGAUAGUACAACCUCCAAAACCGUCUUCCAACGUGUCUUGGGCAGAGACGGCCUUGCUCGAAAGUUGAAUGCCACUGUCAUCUUGGCCACUAACCACGCCGACCACAUUACCAUGCUCGGUGACAAGACCAUUGUGCGGAACCAGAUACGCUUUGACUCAGUCGAGCCGUUGGAAUGGGGCAUCUCGGACAGCGACAGCGACACCGUCACCGACAGCGUCAACACCAUCGUCUCUGGCUCUAGCGAAGCAAGGCUGGAAAGAGCUACUAUCAAAAUGUCCCACGAAGAAACGGCCAGUCCAGCCCGAAAGACGGAGGCAGAUCUUAGUCGACAGACGGGCGACCUUGACUGCUACAGGAUCUACGUGCGGUCCCUGGGCAAAGGAGCCAUAGUCGGGCUGCUGAUUGGGAGUGUUUUGCACACAGCCAUGCUCAAGAUGCCGCAGGUUUGGUUGAAGCUCUGGACGCAGAAGGGCACAGGGCCAACGGAUUACGCCUCCAUGGCCGGCUACAUCGGGUUUGCCCUUGCUUCAACCAUAUUCGGGGCGCUCAACAUGGGCUACUACGCGCUCAUCGGCGUCCCUAAAUCCGCCAUUCGUCUUCACGAGAUUCUCCUCCGAUCCGUCGUUCGGGCGCCAUUCCACUUCUUCGCCGGUACAGAUAGCGGCAUCACCCUCAACCGCUUCAGUCAAGACAUGACGCUCAUCGACAACGCCCUCCCCAUGGCCUUUCUCAACGUCACAUUGCUCUCCCUCCGAGCCCUCGCGGAAACAGGCCUCAUCGCCUCAGGCGCAUCCUACAUCGGCGUCACCGUCCCCGUCUGCUUCCUAGCCCUCUACUUCAUCCAGAAAUACUACCUCCGCACGUCCCGCCAGAUGCGGUUCCUCGACCUCGAGAUGAAAUCCCCUCUCUACACACAAUUCACCGAAACCCUCGCCGGGCUCUCGACCAUCCGCUCCUUCGGCUGGGCAAACGCCUUCCUGCACGACAACCACCGCCGCCUCGAUACCUCCCAAAAGCCCUUCUACACCAUGUUCUGCAUCCAGCGCUGGCUCCAGGUUGUCCUGGACCUCUUCGUGGCCGGCAUGGCACUCGUCCUCGUCUCCGUGGCCCUCAACAUCCCCGACCACACGACAAGGGGCGCCGUCGGGCUCGCCAUGGUCAAUCUCAUCGGCUUCAACCAGACGCUCACAACGGCCAUCGACCAAUGGACACGGCUGGAGACGUCCCUCGGCGCCAUCGCCCGACUGAAAUGGUUCAUGAAGCACACCCCCGACGAGAACAAGGAAUGCGAUGAUGAGACCGACCCCGUCCUAAGGGGGAUAUCCCUGAGCAUCAAAGCCAGCCAGAAAGUCGGCGUGUGCGGCCGCUCCGGAAGCGGCAAAUCGUCCCUCAUGCUCACGCUCGCCCGCCUGCUCGAGAUCCAGGGCGGCAGCGUCCGGCUCGACGGCCAGGACCUGGCCCUCGUCCCGCGGCAACUGGUGCGCUCUCGGCUGACGGCGCUGCCCCAGGACGCCAUCGAGCUGCGCGGCACGGUGCGGCACAACCUCGACCCCGGGAGCCCCGGGUGCGGCCCCCGGGCGGACCGGGAGCUGGAGCACGCGCUCCGCAAGACGGCCAUCUGGGACGCGGUCGCGCGCCGUGGCGGGCUCGACGCCGACAUGUGCGAGCUGGGCCUCUCGGCGGGACAACGGCAGCUGUUCUGCCUGGCGAGGGCGCUGCUGUCCCGCGGCGCCGUGAUGCUGCUGGACGAGGCGACGAGCAGUGUCGACGCAAGGACCGACGACGAGGUGCGCAGGGCGAUUUGGCACGACAUGGAGGGCAGGACCGUGGUUGAGGUCGCGCACAGAUUGGAAGUGCUCCGGCGCUACGACUUGGUGGUUGUCAUGGGCGAAGGCAGGGUCGUCGAGGUCGGCGAGCCCGAGGCCUUGUUGAAGCGGGAAGCAAGCGCCUUCAGGGCCCUGUGGGAGAGUCAGGCUCUUUGA